UAUCAUGCUAGAAAUAUGGCAGUCAAUAACGUCAGAAAAAUUGAUUCUGAUACCUUUUACGGGCUCGAAAAUCUAAAAUAUAUUAAGAUGGCAAAUAAUGGGCUAACUGUAAUUCAAAGCGGUGCUUUCCAGAAUUUGUCGAAUUUGCAGAAGAUUUAUUCAACGAGGCAACACUUAUGCUGUUUGGUGCCUGCAACAGUAGUAUUUUGUACUCCAUUUGUUGGGCGAGAUCGUUUCACAACUUGUGCUGAUUUAUUAGGUCAUACAGUUUUACAAAUUUUAGUCUGGGUCAUUGGUGGAUUGGCAUUAGUGGGAAAUUCGAUUGUACUUUUCAUAUAUAUAUUUAAAAUAAAGAAGAGAAACGAACCGGUUCCUAUACUACUUAUUACAAAUUUAGCUGUGUCUGAUCUGUUAAUGGCAAGUUACACGCUAAUUAUAGGAAGUGCAGAUUUGAGAUAUCGUGGUUCCUAUGCCAAAAAUGCUGAAAAUUGGUUACAAAGCUCACCUUGUUUAAUAGCAACAUUUUUAUGCUGUAUUUCAAGCUUAAUGUCUGUAUUAAUGAUGUUGAUGAUUAGUAUUGAUCGCUAUAUUUAUAUUGCUUUCCCAUAUUCAACUAAAAGGAUAUCUGAGGAUAGUGCAAAAUUCAUUAUUGGCAUACUAUGGUUAUGCAGCAUCGCUUUUAUUGGCUUGCCAGUUGCUUUUAGUAUCAAUGCGGAAGGCGAUAGGAGGUUGCACGCAUAUACGAGCAUUUGUAUGGCUAGCAACCGCACAAAUAAGUUUUUCUACGGUUGGCUAUUGGCAUACACUUCCUUAACUUUAAUUUGUUGGCUGAUUACUUGUACACUAUAUGGUCACAUGUUGAUAGUUAUACGUAGAACAAGCACGGAUGCAAACAAUAAUUCAUCCAGCGAUGCGGAUAAAAGGAUUGCUUUGAGAUUAUUUGCUAUCGUAUUAACAGAUUUUAUAUCUUGGUGUCCUUAUUAUAUUUACAUAAUUUUCAUGAUAUCAGAUGCAAAUGCUUACAUGCCGGUAACAUUUCAAUUUGCAGUAAUAUUGGCACUUCCGAUCAAUUCUGCUAUUAAUCCCUUUUUGUACACUUUA